AUGCAAACAAUAUACCUUCAGUUUGUCAGUAAGCUGGAAGAAGCGGAUAACAAGAAAGCUUUUAAUAUCGACAAAGAGGCUCCAGUUUCUUCGUUCACCCAUGGUGAUAGAGCUGACAUUGAUCUGAAUCAGGGUGAUUGUGAUAAUGACAUUAACACUGCAGAAAAAGUACCUAUAGAUGACAUGGUUAAUGAAGAUAAGCGGGAUUGCUGGAAGCGGGAGAGACCGGAGGAGCGGCGAAGGGCUCCUCUUCCCCAUUGGCUGCGCCCGCGGAGCAGCGUCGUUGCGAUUGGCCGUACGCAGGGGGGCGGCAGUCCCGCGUCGGCCCGCCCCUCGGGCCGCCAGAGGCGCCGGGAUCGCUGGCGCCGGCUGAGCCAGCGGCUCCUGGGAGGCUGCGUCCGCACGUCGGCGGGGCGAGGCCACUGGGCCCUGCGCGUCAGGUCUGAGACCUGGGAGGAAGCUGGAGAAAAGAUGCCCUCUGAAUCUUUCUGUUUGGCUGCCCAGGCUCGCCUUGACUCCAAAUGGUUGAAAACAGAUAUACAGGUGUUGAGUGUUGGUAGAUAUGAGAGUCCAGUGUUUAGAAGUGUGUUGUGUGGCCAGGCACAGUGGCUCACGCCUGUAAUCCCGGCAGUUUGGGAGGCCGAGCUGUGCAGUCAGAGAAGAAAUGCCUUAGAAAGGCAAGCAAGUGGCUUUUGGAAUAUACAGAAGAAUAUGAUCAGAUAUUUACUCCUAAGAAAAAACAAAAGAAGGUACAGGAGCAGGUGCACAAGGUAAGUUCCCGCUGUGAAGAGGAAAGCCUUCUAGCCCGAGGUCGAUCUAGUGCUCAGAACAAGCAGGUGGAUGAGAAUUCUUUGAUUUCAACCAAGGAAGAGCUUCCAGUUCUUGAAAGGGAGGCUCUGUAGAUCAGGCGCAGUGGCUCACGCCUGUAAUCCCAGCACUUUGGGAGGCCGAGGCGGGUGGAUCAUGAGGUCAGGAGAUGGAGACCAUCCUGGCUAACAUGGUGAAAUCCUGUCUCUACUAUAAAUACAAAAAAUUAGCCGGGCAUGGUGGCGGGAGCCUGUAGUCCCUGCUACUAGGGAGGCUGAGGCAGGAGAAUGGCAUGAACCCGGAAGACUGAGCGUGCAGUGAGCGGGGAUCCCAUGACUGCACUCCAGCCUGGGUGACACAGCAAGACUCUGUCUCAAAAAAAAAAAAAAGGAGGUUCCAUUUUUGGAGGGCCCCUUGGCUCAGUCAGAACUUGGAGGUGGACAUGCUGAGUUGCCACAGCUGACCUUGUCUGUACCUGUGGCUCCGGGAGUCUCUCCACGGCCUGCCCUUGAGUCUGAGGAAUUGCUGGUUAAAACGCCAGGACUUUAUGAAAGUAAACAUCAAAGAAAACCAACUAAGAAA